AUGGCCCCCUCCAAGCAAGAAACACAACGACAAACAAUAUUACAUUUCUGGAGGCAAGGAAUAUGCAAUGCUUCGAAAAUAUACUCAUUAACAAACAUUCCACUUAAAACUAUCUAUCGAAACCUUAAAAAAAUAAAAGAAACCGGGAAUGUCAAACAUAAAGGUGGUAAUGGACGUAUCAGAAAAAUAACACCAGCAGCAUCUCGAGCAAUUGGGCAGUAUAUCCGAAGGCAACCAUCACUUUCUGCUAAGUCUCUUGCUUCUAAAUUAGAAGAUAUUGGAGUAAAUGCUUCCCGUUUAACAGUUUCAAGACAUUUGACCAACCUUGGAUAUCAAAAUGCUCUCCCUUUCUGUACACCAAUGCUCACGUCUAUUCAUAAAGAAAAACGUAUUGAAUGGGUACAAAAACAUAAAGAUGACGACUGGAAAAAAACACUUUUUAGCGAUGAAACAUCUUUUCAACUAUUUCGUAAUACAAUUAAACACUGGUACAAAAAUGCAAGACCA